UAGCAACCACACGCAGUCAUUAAAAAGGAGGUCAUGUUGAGUGAGGGGCGUCACUAGGCCUAAACAAGGAGGGUGCAUAUGAAUUAUCUGUUUUCUGUUUCUAACUAAAAUGACUACCCUCAACCCUAGUAGGACUUUUAAUAAUUCUGAUGGCAAAUGUUUACUAGAAAACUGGGUAGAGGAAAGACAAUGUCAAGAUUUAGGCUAUGAAACAAUAACUGAAGAUGAAAGGCAGUCAACUGCAGCUAGUCAUCCUUUUAAAGAUGGUCACCCUGGGAUACUGUCAAUGAAACAAAAUGAAACAGAAAAAUUAACUACCUGCAAAGAUUCUUACAGACAACCUCCAAAACCACAAGUUCGUACAAAAGGUCGGAAAAAAGAGCUGUUGGAGAGGGCGCUUUAUGCCCAAGUGUCACAAGAAGUACAUAACGAAUUCAAUCCCCCUCCUCCUGAGGUUGAGUACACUUCUAUUACAAAGAAAGAUUUUACUGUUGAGGGUUUUCAGUCCAAAGAAAUAGAGCCAGAAUUUGAACAUAAUGUAGAGACAGAACAACCUAUAACCUUUUGGAGUUCACACAAGAACAAGAUUCAUGGUGUGACUCAAGUCAAGACGACAGACACACCUUUCAAGAAAAACACAGCCUUCAGCAAGCCAAUAUCAGAAUAUACGGAUGAAUCCGAACCUUAUGAUGCAGAGAAGUAUCCAUGGAUGUGAGCCAGACAUCGGAUCUUCAUUAAAUAUUCCAUCCUUCCCAGUCUAAAAGUUUAAAUGAAUUUUCUCUACAUUUUUGCACAGUUAUAUUUACAAAGAAUAUUUUUUUAAACCACAUAUUAAAUAUUAAAAUAAGAUUAUUGAAAUGCUGAUGUCAACAUUUACUGUGAGGUUUCAUUGAUUGCACGUCCUUCAUGCAAUGAGUCAUGAGAAAUUCUACAGCGCAUUGUUCGUAAUGCAUUUAUUUUGGAUGUCUCAAAUUCGUAUUUAUGACCUGCGUAUGUCAAUGAAUUACUUACCUACGAAAUUUGUUGCAUGCUUCUUGCUCUCUCUUUUGGAAUAAUCCCUAAAUGUCAGUUAUUAUGAACAUUUAAUUAAUGUCCUGCAAAAUUAAUUUCAGUUAUGAAAAUUUAAAUUUUAACAAGUCUUGCUAAAAUUAAAUUAAUACGGUAUCAGUUAUUAUGAAAAUAUGUCCUUCCAUUGAAGUAUAAAAUACGUCCAUGGUCCUGCUGAAGUAACAUCUUGCUGAAACUAAAUUAAUUUAAUGUCAGUUAUGAAAAUUUAAAUAUUAAUAUGUCUUGUGCUGAAUUAAGGUGAGUUAUGAAAAUUUAAAUAUCAAUAAGUCUUGCUAAAACUAAAUUAAUGUCAUUUAUUACAAAAAUUUAACUAGUAAGUGUAGCUUAUAUUGAUUUCUCCCAAGAUUCAUCAUGACAAGUAUGAGGCAUUCUUGAUUAAGUUUGAUGCUUAUUUCUCAUUUCCUCGGUUUCCACAUGGCUUACUACUUACAAAAUUUUCCCAUUUCUUGAGUGUAGAUGAACAUACGUCUUUGACAUAAUAGCAAAAAACCUCUUAUUAAUACUGAUACUAGAAUUUUUUAUAACAAAUUUAGUGAAGCACUCGUAUAAUUUUAUGUUGUAAGAAUUGCCAUUUUUGUUUUUUUUAUGUAAUACCAAGGAGGUACUUACAAUAGAUUAAUAGUAUCUGUGGUACAAUGGAAUGUCCUUGAAUUAAUGUCUUUUGAGGAUAUGAUUUUCUGUGUAAUUGGUAUAAGAUACAACAAUGUACUUUAAUUCACACUAGGGGUAAUAACUUCUGAAAGGCAACGCAGUUCAGUCAUAUGAGCAGCAACAAUGAUUAAUUUGAAUUGAACAAGAAAUUACAGCUGCAAUAUGUUCAAUACAAUAGGGCGUUUUAUUUCUAUUAAAAAUCGGAGAUGGAAACGGUUCUCUUAUCAUGUAGGUGGUUAUAAGGAUUAAAAACUACGCCGCAGAAAAACCUUUGGCUUGCAUAAAAAAUGGAAUGUUGUUUUGUGGGCCCCAUUUCUACUACCACAUGAAAAGAUUUUUUGGAAAGAGCAGUUACUGGAGUCGUUUCUCAGCCAGUAGAAAACACAGCCGCAGGGUCAUGUUUAUAAUUUAUUAUUGGUUAGGUAUGCAAAUGAGUAGGGCUGUGAUGCAAGCAAAAGUACAGAUGGGAGACCUAAUGGAGAUAAUGCAAGAGCGCAUUUAAUCAUGGAGGUAUUAAGAAGAGGUUAUCAGUGGGACUAGCAUUCAAAUGAGACAUGUGUUGAUUAUUUGCUGUGACCAUAUGGCACCUUAACAAGUUUUUAAGCUUUUCAUGGUCACAUCAUGGUCACAUAGUUUACCUAGUGGGCAUGAUAUAAAUUCAUUACAAUAGCUUUAGAGGCCUAUCUUUUAAAACAAAGAGUCCUUAAAUGCAGUUGUUCCCGUUUAGCUUGAUUUUAAAUAAUUUCUUGUAUAUCAAAAAACAUGUAUUAUACUUUGUGUUGUGAAUAAAUAAAUUUUCAACAUUAUA